AUGGCAGCAAUUGCUACAGUGAUGGUGGUCAUAACUACCAUGCACUUUGCUCCUCUUGUGAGUGCAUUAAAUGUAAACUACUAUGAAAAUACCUGCCCUCAUGUGGACUCCAUUGUUGCUACUUCUGUUCACCACGCAACCAUGAACGACAAAACUGUCCCAGCUGCUCUCCUUCGGAUGCAUUUUCAUGAUUGCUUCAUAAGGGGUUGUGAUGCUUCUGUUCUUCUGGAAUCAGAGGGAGAGAACAAAGCAGAAAAAGAUGGACCUCCUAACAUUUCAUUGCAUGCAUUUUAUGUCAUUGACAAUGCUAAGAAAGCACUGGAAGAAGUUUGCCCCGGGGUCGUGUCUUGUGCUGAUAUUUUGGCUCUUGCUGCUAGGGAUGCUGUUACCCUGUCCGGAGGCCCCACUUGGGAUGUUCCAAAAGGAAGAAAGGAUGGAAGGAUAUCAAAGGCCACUGAAACCAGACAAUUGCCAGCUCCUACUUUCAACAUCUCCCAAUUACAACAAACCUUCUCUCAAAGAAGCCUCUCCCUGGAGGAUCUUGUAGCCCUCUCAGGAGGUCACACACUUGGAUUUGCUCAUUGUUCAUCCUUUGAGAACAGAAUCCAUAAAUUCAGCCCCAAACAAGACAUUGAUCCUUCUCUGAACCCUUCAUUUGCAAGCAGCCUCAGAAGCAUAUGUCCCUUUGAUAACAAGGUGAGAAAUGCAGGGACCUCAUUGGAUUCCAGUGCCACCUUGUUUGACAAUGCUUAUUACAAGUUGCUCCUCCAAGGAAAGAGCAUAUUCUCUUCUGAUCAAGCUCUGCUCACUCAUCCCACCACUAAAGCUUUGGUUUCCAAGUUUGCUUGUUCUCCACAGGAAUUUGAAAGGGCCUUCGUCAAGUCCAUGAUCAAGAUGAGCAGCAUCACCGACGGUGGACAAGAAAUCAGGCACGACUGUAGAUUCGUCAGAUGA